ACAACAAAAACAGCAGCAAAAUAAAAUGGCUUCUAAGUUUUCAGAGGAGGAUUUCUCCUGUCCUGUGUGCUGUGACAUCUUCAAGGAUCCUGUUUUAUUGCACUGCAGUCACAGUGUGUGUAAAGUGUGUUUGCAGCAGUUCUGGGAGACCAAAGGAUCCAGUCAAUGUCCUGUUUGUAGGAGGAAGUCAUCUGUAAAUCAGCUUCCUACAAAUCUGGCCUUAAGGAACCUGUGUGAGACUUUCUUACAGGAGAGAAGUCAGAGAUCUUCAUCAGGGUCUGAAACACUCUGCAGUCUGCACAGUGAGAAACUCAAACUCUUCUGUCUGGAUGAUCAACAGCCGGUGUGUUUGGUGUGUCAGAUUUCAAGAAAACACACCAACCACAAAUUCUGCCUCAUUGACGAGAUUGUAACGAACAGAAAGAAGGAGCUCAAAACUGCACUGAAGCCCCUACAGGAGAAACUAAAGAUCUUUACAGACUGUAAACUGAACUGGAGUCAGACUGCAGAACAUAUAAAGAUUCAGGCCCAACACACAGAGCAUCAGAUUAAGGAACAGUUUGAGAAACUUCACCAGUUUCUACGAGAUGAAGAGGCAGUCAGGAUCACUGCACUGAGAGAGGAAGAGGAGCAGAAGAGUCAGAUGAUGAAGGAGAAGAUUGAGAAUCUGAGCAAAGACAUAUCAUCUCUUUCAGACACAGUCAGGGCCAUAGAAGAGGAGAUGAGAGCUGAAGACGUCCUGUUCUUACAAAACUACAAGGCCACAGUGAAAAGAGCCCAGUGCACACUGCAGCAUCCAGAGGAGCUUUCAGGAGCACUGAUCCAUGUGGCAAAACAUCUGGCCAACCUGAAGUUCAGAGUCUGGGAGAAGAUGCAGGACACUGUCCAAUACACCCCUGUAACUCUGGACCCAAACACUGCUCAUCCUGAACUCCUUGUAUCUGAUGAUCUGACCAGUGUGAGACUCAGUAAUAAACAGAGGCUUCCUAAUAAUCCAGAGAGAUUCGAUGAUUUACUGUGUAUCCUGGGCUCUGAGGGCUUUAACUCCGGCACACACUGUUGGGAUGUUGAAGUUGGAGACUGUACAGUUUGGUUAGUGGGUGUGAUGACAGAAUCUGCUCAGAGGAAAGGCGAUGUAUUCUCCAGAAAUGGAAUAUGGUAUGUGUGGUAUUAUGAAGCUACACAUGGAGCAUGUUCUACACCACAGACAGACACUUUGCUCUUAAUAUCACAGAAACUUCAGAGAAUCAGUAUGCAGCUGGACUGGGACAGAGGGAAGCUGUCAUUCUCUGAUCCUCUCACUAAUACACACAUACACACUUUCACACACACAUUUACUGAAAAAUUACUGCCAUAUUUAUUUCUUGGUUGUAAAAAAUGUCCUCUAAAGAUGCUCCCACUUUAGUGCGUAGUGAAAUGUGUUGAUUAAUUUAUUAAUGAAAUACUGCAGAUUAAAAGAUUCAUAUCUUUGUGAAUGUUUAUAGAAGCACUGAAAUCAUUAUUUUAACUUGCCUUAACUUGAGUGUGAGUUGACACUUGCCUUAACUCCCAUGGGUUGACACCCCAUCCAGGGCCGCCCAUCGCAGGGCACAAUCGAGUUAAGGCGAGUUAAUAUAAUUAUAAGCUCCAGGCUUCAUGUGACCCUGUGUAGGAUAAGCAAAAAAUGGAUGGAUGUAUGAAUGGAAAGACAUCAGAUGAGGCAUGAGAAUCUAGAAUGUUUGACAGUUGUGCAGGCGUAUGGAGUUUCCAUUUGAAAAGCUACUGUAAUGCUUUCAUUUUCUGACCGAUUUUUUUUUUUCACUGUAAAUUUAAAAUCAAAAAUCAAA